UUAGUCUGCUUCUGAAAUGGAUUCUUCAAUGGCAAGUGCUGGUGCUUCUGCUGAUGAAGGUUCUCAAAACCAUAACAAUGGAAGGAAAACCUCCUACAAACGUCUCUCUUCUUCUCAAACAUCAAGACUUGAAAGGUUCAUCAAGGAUUGCCCACACCCUGAUGAGGCGCAACGACGUCAAUUGGCUGCUGAGAUUGGACUUGAGCCAAGGCAAAUAAAGUUUUGGUUUCAGAAUAAGAGGACCCAGAUCAAGAAUCAACAUGAGAGAGCAGAUAACACUGCUCUUCGAGUUGAGAAUGAUAGGAUACACACAGAAAAUGUUACGAUGCAAGAGGCCUUGAAGAGUAUGCUUUGCCCAUCUUGUGGGGGACCACCGUGUCUUGAAGGAGAUCGUGAACAUGCUAUCCAUAAUAUGAGACUUGAAAAUAUGCACCUAAAGGAAGAGCAUGAGAAGGUGUCUCGUCUUCUUUCGAGGUACUUGGAGAGCCAGAUGUUACCACCUGAUCAGUUCCAACAGGGUUUUUUUCCCAUCAUAGGAUCAAGUUCAAAUGCUGCAGCACUUGGAAAUCCACUGAACCAAGUGAUCGGUGGAAGUUCAAGUCAUGAUCCAAAUCUUGCUUUGCAUAUGAUGGAUGGUGGCCAUAACUUUCUUGCGAGUGAAGGCAUAGAAAAAAACCUUAUGGCUAAGGUUGCUGCUACUGCAAUGGAUGAGCUAGUUAGGCUUGUUCGGAUUAAUGAGCCCUUUUGGAUUAAGUCCUCAUCUCCAGAUGGCAAGCUCUGUCUACUGCUUGAAAAUUAUCAAAAAAUGUUCCCGAAGACCAAACAUUUCAAAGGGCCAAACGUUCGUAUUGAAGCAACAAAAGAAUCAGGAAUAGUGAGCAUUAAUAGCCUUCAGCUUGUUGACAUGUUUCUUGAUUCGGACAAAUGGGUGAAUUUGUUCCCAACAAUGGUAUCCAAAGCAGAAACAGUGAAAGUAAUCGAAAGAGGUUUGCCAGGAAACCGAAGUGGAGCCUUGCAGCUGAUGGUCCAGCAAAUGCAUGUUCUUUCACCCUUUGUGCAACCUCGUGAAUUUCAGUUCCUUCGUUUCUGUCAACAAAUUGAAGAAGGCCUGGUGAUAGCAGAUGUAUCAUUUGAUUCCUUCCAGCAAAAACCCUCUAUUUUUCAGUCUUGGAAACAUCCCUCUGGAUGCUUGAUCCAGGAAAUGCCCAAUGGGUGCUGUAUGGUUACUUGGGUUGAGCACGUGGAAGUGGAUGAUAAAAUCCAAAUACAUCCGCUGUACAAAGAUAUUAUUGUUAAGGGCGUUGCAUACGGAGCUGAAAGGUGGAUUAUGGAACUUCAAAGAAUGUGCGAGAGAUUUGCUGCCUUCUAUCUUGAAAAGAUACCUGAUCAUGAUGCUGCAGGAGUGAUCAAUUCUCUUGAGGGAAGGCGAAGUAUAAUGAAUUUUUCUCAUCGUAUGCUCAAAAUCUUCUGUGAAAGUAUAACCAUGGCAGAUGGCUUGGACUUUCCGCUUUGUGAUCUGGUGAACACUAGUGGGGUGAGAGUCUCUAUUCGCGAAAGCAAAAUCAAUGGACAGCCAAGUGGCAUGAUUGUUGCAGCUGCUACCUCCAUUUGGCUUCCUAUCCAUUAUAUGAAAGUUUUUGAGUUCUUCCUAGAUGAUAAAAACCGUGCUCAGUGGGAUGUUCUUACCUGUGGAAAUCAGGCACACAAGGUGGCAAACAUCUCAAAUGGAAUUCACCCUGGGAACUGUGUAUCUGUUAUUCGGCCAUUCAUCCCUAGCGAGAACAAUGCACUGAUUCUUCAAGAGAGUUUCACAACCCCGAUGGGAUCGUAUGUUAUAUAUGCGCCAACUGAUGUAGCAACUAUGACUGCGGCCAUAAUGGGAGAAAACUCUUCAAUGUUACCAGUUCUUCCAUCAGGUUUUGUGAUCUGCCCAGAUGGUGAACCAAAUUCAGCUAUGGGAGCAUUUGAUGGUGCAGAUACUGAAAGAUCGGGAGGCUCAUUGCUGACUGUGGCAUUUCAAAUACUAGCUAGUGCUGAUGGACGCAAUAUGCCAAAUAGGAAAGCUGGAGCAGCUGUCAACUCUCUUUUAACCUCAACUAUUCUCAGAGUCAGGGAUGCUUUCAACUGCAACAACUAG